AUGUCGGACUAUUGGUUUACUUCCAAGCUCGACCCAGAGAUGGAAAACCAUCCUGAGGAAGUACUGGCACUUAAGCACUGCCUACGCCAAGACACCACUGUCACAGAAGCAGCUCAAACAAUCACUCGCCCGGUCAUAACCUCGAUUUCUCCCAAAGACGAUCUAGCCUGCCUGCAGGGUCUCCUACAUGAUGCUCUCCUAGAGCUACCCGCGUACACCGAGCCGCUACUAUUCCUCCUUCAGGCCAUCGAGAACCUCCUAGAACCCAAUUCCACAGCUACCGAGCCGACCGAGCGGCCAGUGGAGAAGCUAUGGAAAGGUCUACCCCAUUUCGCUAAUCUAUGUUACGAUAUUGGUCAUCGAUCUGGAAGCUGGAAAAUGGAUGCCGAGAAAACGAGUGGCCCAGAGCGCGAUGCAUUACGAAAGGAGCACGUGAGAAGGGCAGAAGUCGAGGCACGGUUGGUUAUGGCAGGCCUUGCGGAUAUCUCUAUUAGCUAG